AUGGGCCGGGAUAUCAAACUUGCAUUUUUGCUCUGGUCACUUUUGUGCUGCGCUUCAGACUUCGAAGACUCGAUCAGUGCUGACAUCGCCUUUGUGAAAAACUCCUGGCUUUGGCGACGUGGCCUUCGCUUGCGGCACAACGCAAACUUGUUCCAUCUCGGAGGCUGUUGGAUGCACGACAGCUUGGUCCAGUACAGAAAUUAUCCGUACAACCAUUGCUGUUGUGAUGAAUGGAAACGAUCUUACCGAUGUUGGACGGAAACGCCUGCCACGCAGCCUCGUCAGACGUUUCGGUACCAAUGCUGUGCGUACCUCUACGGCCCAGGCACACCUUGUCUGAACCGUGCGCGAGAUACCCGUCUGCAAUUCCCGGGACUGCCUGUGCUAAAGGUUCGGCUUGUUCCAUCAGACUUCCCAUAUAGGAGCUACUUUCCAAACCUGCUAACGGAAGCACACUUGCUGGAGCCUUUGCAUGGGCAGAAUGGUGCCCCUGGCCCGACGCUGUGUGUUGCCGACAUUGGUGCUGGCAACGGUGUAGAUUCAGUGGCCCUGUCCCUGAUGGGUCAUGUCGUGGUUUCGCUAGAGCAGAAUGCACGAGAGCUCCAGUUGCUCAAAGCAAAUCGGAUGCUGAACAACGUGUCGUUCGAAAUUGUCUCUGGCGAUUUCACCAUGACCAACCUCACCGCAGCAUCACUGCUUGAAGCCAACGGCGGGCAACCAUUCGACGUGAUUGUCGCCAAUUCCCUCACAUAUCUCCCACAGGAGGUUUUUUUUGGUUUGCUCGACUUGGUGGAGCGCGUUGGAACCCAAGAUUUCGUGUGGCUUUUGAUAUGUGGCCGAGAAGUCUAUGACCUCUUCGAUACUCAACGGGCCAAUCGUGAGCUUGCCAUGUCUCGCUUCGAGCUGGUGGAUGCAGUCACCUUUGCCAACGUCGGCAAUGCUUUCGAGUCUGAUGUUCAGAUGGGCCAGGUCCGCGUUUGUGCUCUGCAGCGGCGUGGGCGCUCACCCAAUGCCUGGCGGUACCGCUGGCCUCGCGCACGUGCAAAGGAGAUGGUGCGCCGAGGGGCAGCAUGCAAGCCACCGCUGUGGCGGUGCUCGGCAGAUUCCUUCCUUUCUGCGACCUGA